UAUUUAGCGUCCUUACGAGUCGCCACUGGACAAAAUAACAACAAAAGAUUUUGACAUUUGAUGUAUCGCGUCCUGUACUUAGACCAAUUUUCUCCGCACAAAUAAAUUUUCAAUUAACCGGCCCCAAAAUGAAAAAGAAGGUUCUUUUAAUGGGUAAAAGCGGUUCCGGCAAGACCAGCAUGAGAUCAAUAAUUUUCGCAAAUUACAUCGCCCGAGACACGCGGAGGUUGGGGGCGACUAUCGACGUGGAGCACUCCCACGUCCGCUUCCUCGGCAACUUGGUCCUCAACCUGUGGGACUGUGGGGGCCAGGAGGCUUUCAUGGAAAACUACUUCGCGUCACAGCGCGACAACAUCUUCAGGAACGUGGAGGUGCUUAUCUAUGUGUUUGACGUGGAGAGUCGCGAGUUGGAGAAAGACAUGCACUACUACCAAUCCUGUCUCGAGGCCAUUUUGCAGAACUCCCCCGAAGCCAAAGUGUUCUGUUUGAUCCACAAAAUGGACCUCGUGACGGAGGACCAAAGGGAGAUUAUCUUCAAGGAGCGCGAGGCUGAUUUAAAGCGGUUGUCUCUGCCGCUUGAGUGCACUUGCUUUAGGACUUCCAUCUGGGAUGAGACGCUGUACAGGGCGUGGUCCAGUAUUGUGUACAUGCUGAUUCCCAACGUCAAAGAAUUAGAAAAUAGUUUACAACAGUUUGCCAAUAUUGUCGACGCUGAUGAAGUCCUCUUGUUUGAAAGGGCGACUUUCUUGGUGAUCUCCCACUGCCAAAGGAAACACCACAGAGACGUGCACAGAUUUGAAAAAGUCUCAAACAUCAUAAAACAGUUCAAGUUGUCGUGCUCGAAACUGGCGGCGCAAUUCCAGAGCAUGGAAGUUAGAAAUUCCGCGUUUGCGGCCUACAUUGACAUGUUUACUAGCAACACCUACGUGAUGGUGUGCAUGUCUGAUCCGCAGAUUCCCUCAGAAGUCACUCUGAUUAAUAUUAGGAACGCUAGGAAGCAUUUCGAGAAGCUGGAAAAGGUUUCGAGUUCGGCACCGGCUAUUGGACACAGAUAGGAAAAGGUCACGUGCCAAAAAUGAGUUGUAAACCAAUUACAACUCGUGUAAUGUACUAUACUUUAUCCACGACCGGUCGUAGAUAAAUAAUCAAGGUUCCAGUUCAGCAUAUCCAGAUUUGUAAUUUUUGCAAUAUUCUAGAUAUUAACUUUAUUUAUUGUAAUAAGGGUGCUAUAUAAAAUAAUUGGAAGCAAUCAAAGUGAAAAAAGAAUCUGGAUAAAAUUUCCUUGAUAAUCAAACAUACAUUCUGGGAGUUAUUAAUAAAGUAUCUAUUUUACAAA